CAGGUGAGUGCAGAGGGGGGCGGGGGAAGGACUGAGCGGAGGCGGCUCACCUGGCUGGGCAGCCAUUCAUUGAGAAGUCCAGGAAAUUUUAAAGCCUAAGUUAGACCACAAAGAGAACUUUCUCUUUGGGACAAGAAGAGUUCAACGUUUGCAAGGGUAUACGGGAUGCUUCAUCCGUCCUCAUCACAGGCUUCCCAGAAGUCUAAGGCUUUUCAGGUCUGCCCAGGAGCUUGUCCCUGACCUCCUCCUGGCUUCUCCCCUGCAGGUGCCUGGCUGCAGCAAGCCAUGCUCUGAACCAUGCCCAGGCCGGGACAGCCCCGCCCAUCGUCUGGGCCUCCACGCUUGGGGCCCUGGGAGAGGCCCACAGAGUUAUGCCUGGAAACGAAUGAUGAGCGCUCCCAGCCCCCACCAGGCCGUCGCACCCGGAGGCCAGACCCUAAGGACCCUGGCCACCACGGGCCAGAGAGCAUCACCUUCAUUUCAGGCUCUGCAGAACCAGCCAACGAGCCCCCAACCUGCUGCCUCCUCUGGCGCCCCUGGGGUUGGGACUGGUGUAGGGCUGCCUUCUGCUUCCGACGCUGCAGGGAUUGCCUCCAGCGCUGUGGGGCUUGUGUGCGGAGCUGCAGCCCCUGCUUAUCUGCUGGAGACCCCAUUGAAGGGUCUUCGGAAGCCGCCUGGGCCAAGGAACACAACGGUGUGCCUCCCAGCCCGGACCGAGCACCCCCCAGCCGCCGGGAUGGGCAGAAGCUCAAGACCAGCAUGGGCAGCAGCUUCAGCUACCCUGAUGUUAAGCUCAAGGGCAUCCCGGUCUACCCCUACCGCCACGCCACCUCCCCAGUCCCUGACGCGGACUCCUGCUGCAAGGAGCCCCUGGCAGACCCUCCUCCCACACGGCACAGCUUGCCUAGCACCUUCACCAGCAGCCCCCGUGGCUCUGAGGAGUACUAUUCCUUCCAUGAAUCGGACCUGGACCUGCCCGAGAUGGGCAGUGGCUCCAUGUCGAGCCGUGAGAUCGACGUGCUUAUUUUCAAGAAGCUGACAGAGCUGUUCAGUGUCCAUCAGAUUGACGAGCUGGCCAAGUGCACAUCAGAUACCGUGUUCCUGGAGAAGACCAGCAAGAUCUCAGACCUGAUCAGCAGCAUCACACAGGACUACCACCUAGAUGAGCAAGACGCCGAGGGCCGCCUAGUGCGAGGCAUCAUCCGCAUCAGUACCCGCAAAAGCCGCUCGCGGCCACAGACCUCUGAGGGGCGCUCAGCCCGCUCUACUGCUCCUGCCGCUGCCCCCGACAGUGGCCAUGAGACCAUGGUGGGCUCUGGCCUCAGCCAGGAUGAACUGACAGUGCAGAUCUCCCAAGAGACAACCGCAGAUGCCAUCGCCAGGAAGCUGAGGCCAUAUGGAGCCCCAGGGUACCCAGCCAGCCAAGACUCAUCCUUCCAGGGCACGGACACAGACUCUUCAGGGGCACCCCUGCUGCAGGUGUACUGCUAACCCUACUGGCCCAGCAAGAGUCCCUCUUGGAAGAAGCAUUAGCCAACGGAGGAGAGGAACCAGGACCUCUGUGUGCAGGCCAGAUUCUGAGCCCAGAAGCAGUGACCUCUCUGGCUUGUGCUUUUGUUGAAUGAUCCUAGACCACAUACAUUUCACAGGGCCAUGGCGCCCACGUUCUUCAUUCUCCAGCUGGACUGACUGCUGGCUGGGCCUGUGUCUUCUGUGGCCUGAAAGCAAAGCCUUGGGAAGUAGCUUCCCAGUUCCAUUCCAUGAUACCCUAAGCAAUUAUGGGAACUAAGUAGGUUGGGUUGGGGACAGCAUGGCCUCUGUGAUUCUGUGGGCAGUGCCCACUUGCUAUAUUGAUAAGCAGUUUAUAUUGGUUCUUGGCUACUCUGUAUUGUUAACAUGACCCUAGUUGCAAGUACAUACA